GAGAAUUCAUGGAUAGAAUGCAUACUUAAUUGUAGGGAGAGCGGAUACCAACAGUCCCCAUUCUAUGUAAGAUUCGCUUACAUCGUUCGUGAUAUCUUCGGCAAACAAGUGGGAAGUAAAAACGUCUCGAACUUCCUCUACAACUAGAAAUAGAGGAAUAUAAUAAACUUACGAAGAAAACCUAUGAAAACAAAAGAUCUAUAAACACUGAAAGUGAUAUUGAAUUAUUCAUGUCGUACACCGCGAUACCGCGAAGGUCCCCACCUGUCGCACCGCCAGUCUAAGUUUUCCCCCUAAACGCCGCUAAAUCGACUAGCGCAUUCGACCAGCAAUUUCUUCCGUGGUUCGAGUCCGACUUUUGUUCGAAGCGGAAUCGGAAAUGGGCGCGAUCGCAAUGUCCGUAAUCAGCCGAGACAAGGACCUACCCGAAGCGUAGCAGCAGUGUUGUUCAACAGAAAGUGUGUUGCCAUAAGCUUUGUGCCAUCAGCCUUUCGGCCGAAGACAGUUUCUAGGUUACAACAUUAAGCUGUCACAAAAAUGCCAUUGGUGACACAGUCUAAAAAUGUGGUUAUGUACUAUGCAGUCCUUUUCGUCGUAUGCGUGCUGAGCACGAAUGGGAAGCCUUCAUUGUCUUUCAACCUGCCCUUCAAGGGACCGUUUGCCAGCUUCGUUAGCGGUGGUAAUAGGGUCAACAGAUUUGCGCUAAAGGAAUACAGCGGGAGAAGAGCUGAUGGAGAUUCGCUCAGAAUGGUAUAUUUCAAUGAUCAGACUGUAGCUGUUGUGGAGUUAGGCAUGAAUAAAUUAUUGCUCAACUGUGAACUUAUAGAAGUCUUUUCGCCAGACCAAGUCUUCGUAGUAUUAGGAGAACUCAAAAACACUGCCAGACCAGUAGAAGUGACCUUCCAAGAAAUGCUUACGUUGAUGAGCCAAUGUAAGCAAUUGGAAGAUGUAACGUAUCUCAGCGGCCAUAACGAAAUGACAAAAAAUCAUUCCAAUGACAGAAUGGAUUCUCCAAGGGGCACUAAUAAUCCUUUCUCUCUACUUAGCGGGAUUAUUCCAGGUACAAAAUGGUGCGGCACCGGAGACAUAGCCAAAGACUACUUCGACCUAGGCACGGAACCCAAAGUGGACGCUUGCUGUCGCGCUCACGACUUAUGCCCUGUCAAAAUCCGCGCGUACUCCAACAAAUACAACCUCACCAACAAUUCGCUCUACACCAAGUCGCAUUGCAGAUGCGAUGACAGUUUGUUUGAGUGUCUGAAACGCAACAGGAACUCAAAUACUGCCAAUAUCAUGGGCAACAUCUAUUUCAAUAUCGUCCAGGUGCCUUGUUUGGAGGAUAGUGAAGAAGGUAGGAAGUUCAGACAGGCCAAGAAUGUUUUCUGACUAAUGGAGGAUUACGAGCAGUGGAUGAUCGAUUUUGGGAUCACGUGAUGUUGCGACUGUCAAACAGUCAGUUGUGAGAUUUCAGAUGUUCAGGCCUUCAGAUUUGGACUGCAUUUGUUCAAUGUUUGUGUAAUUUUGAAGAAUAGUUGUGCUUGCGGUAGUUCCAGAGUGAUCUUCUAAUAAAAUACAAAUCAGAAAAUAUUUGUUUCUCUGUAAUAGUGAUAAAAUAUUGUUUUAACAUCAAUAUUUACUUUCAAAGUAAGCAUAAUAGAAUCAAAUUUUCAAAUGUGGAUAAUUAUUCUUACACAUUACCUACAUUAUUCUGAUUCAAGUAUUAUCUUCCAUUUUGUCACGUCAUUGCAUCAUUGAAUUUUUAUCAAUAUACGAGGGUUGAUUCAAAAAUAUGGUUCCCACAUUUUUUUCAGGCAUUUGAAAAGACGAAUUUCAUCGUUUAAGGAUAUGUGGAAUGCUUAUACACGUUUUCCAUAUAUUUCACUCAAUUGACAAUGAAUUUCUAUGGGUGGUAACGUUUUUGUUGAAUAAUUUAUGAAAUCUAGUUGAUUUCGAUUUGUAAUUAGCAACUAUUUAGUAGUAUUGAUCUAAGGAAAUUUUUGUAAUAUAUCAAUUGUAGAUAGUUAUAUCACCGGUGUACCAUUUAUUAUUUAUACUCGUAACUACAAUAUUAAAUUUCUGUGAUUAUGAUUUGAGAAUAUGUAGUACUUAUUCGAAAGUAUACAUAUAUAGUAUAGCAAUAAACGUUUUAAUGUAGUAUCUGUUACCGGUAGUUUUUUAUACGGUUACUUUUUAUUUUGAUACCUUUUUUGUUGGGAGAAGUUCUUCCGAGUGAUUUUUCAAACAUUUACAUAUUACGUUCAAGUAUUUUGAGGAAAAGGCAUUUUGGACCACAUUGCUUUUUAGUAAGUACUUGAAAAGCUGGAAAUAGCUGGAACUAGAUUUGUCUCAGGAAAGAGCUUGUUUCGAUCCCCUCUUUAUAUUUUGCAAAAUUUCGUACAAUUACAAAGUCUAUGAAAGCCGCCGAAAUGAUAAUAAAACUGUUGAUCAAACACAUGUGUUUUUUUACUGGCAAGAUAUGAUAAGACUCUACAUACAAUCUGUAAUGACAUUUCACUUACUUCAUCGUACUUUCAAAGUAGAACGGGUUCAAGUUUUUUAUACGGAUUUUACUUCAAAUAUUCAAAAAGUCUGACAAAGAUUUCUCAAAAGAAUUGAAUCAUGCAAAAUUGAAUGCCUUAUUAAAAAAUGCAAUAGAUGUAUAAAAAAUCAGUAGCGUAGGUAAUAAUUAUCUAUUUUGUUCUGUAGUGGUCAAACUUGUUCGAUUUCUUAAUCCAC